CCACGUCUGACUAUUAAACCACGUAAGCAACAGCACCCAUCAGCAACCAAAUUCUCUUUUAACUAUCUAACAAGAAGCGAAAAGGAUCACCAAAUAACUGCUCUAUGGAAGAUAGUUCUACCAACUCUGCAUCUUCUUCAAUCUCAACUGUUUCAAUGGAAGAACUAGGUGGUGACACACCUGAUAUUUAUGAUUGCGUAAUCAGACUGAGGUUGAAUCCUCAAAGGCGAAAGGAAAAGGUUUACAUAGGUUGUGGUGCUGGGUUUGGAGGUGAUCGACCGAUAGCAGCUUUAAAACUACUUCAAAGGGUGAAAAAGUUGGAUUAUUUAGUGCUGGAAUGCCUAGCAGAACGCACCCUCGCUGAGCGCUAUCAGGCCAUGAAAUCUGGUGGCAAGGGCUAUGAUCCCCGUAUCUCAGAGUGGAUGCAACUGCUCUUACCUUUGGCUGUGGAGAAUGGAGUUUGCAUUAUUACAAACAUGGGUGCGAAUGAUCCAUUUGGCGCUCGGGAUGAAGUUUUACGACUUGCAAGCGGACUGGGCAUUUCGAUAACUGUUAGUCUGGUUCAUCAAGUUGCUGUUGUCAGAUCAGAUUUGGAGGAGCACCUUAGACAUGUUGAUGAUGUUAGUGUGUAUCUGGGAGCAGCUCCUAUUGUUGAAUGUCUUCAUAAAUUCAGACCAAAUGUCAUUAUUACUUCUCGAGUUGCUGAUGCUUCCUUAUUCUUAGCCCCAAUGGUAUAUGAGCUAGGUUGGAAUUGGGAUGACUUGCAACUACUUGCCCAAGGUUCACUGGCUGGCCACCUGCUAGAAUGUGGUUGUCAACUUACUGGAGGAUACUACAUGCAUCCAGGAGAUAAAUACCGUAAUAUAUCUCUGCAAGAUCUCCUAGAUUUGUCUCUUCCUUUUGCGGAAGUCAGCUUUGACGGGCAAGUAUGCGUAGCAAAGGCAGAAAGCAGUGGUGGGGUUUUGAAUCCCAGCACGUGUGCCGAGCAGCUUCUGUAUGAAGUGGGGGAUCCCAGUAGCUACAUAACCCCAGAUGUGGUUGUAGAUUUUCAAGAUGUUUCAUUUCAGACAUUAUCAAGCAGUAAAGUCCUCUGUGCUGGGGCAAAGCCAUCUGCAUCAGCUCCUAAUAAACUGUUGCUGCUGGCCUCUAAGGACAAGGGGUGGAAAGGCUGGGGAGAGAUAUCCUAUGGUGGAUAUCAGUGUGUUAAACGUGCUAAAGCUGCUGAGUUUUUGGUAAACAAGUCUUUGCUUCUCCGCCCUGGACUGCUAUUAGGAUCAUGGAUGGAAGAAGUAUACCCUGGCAUAAACAAACAUAUAGUUUCCUAUAUCAUUGGACUGGAUAGCCUGAAAGCUGCCAGCAUAGAUGAAGAUUUGCCAAGGGACAGUCAUGAUAUUAGAUUACGAAUGGAUGGUUUAUUUGAUAAUAAGGAACAAGCAAUCCACUUCACGAAAGAGUUCAUAGCAUUAUAUACAAAUGGACCUGCUGGUGGUGGCGGUAUCAGCACUGGACACAAAAAAGAGAUCAUUCUUGAGAAAGCAUUGGUAAAACGUAAAGAUGUUCAGUGGCAUAUUACAGCAACAAGAAACAAAAUAACGCAAUCAGAUGAUCUGGCUAGCCCUAAAAACAUAAUACAGACCAGUUCUUUCCAUGAGUCACUUUUGCAAUCACUUCCAGCGGAAACUAUUCUGAAUCACGAAGAAGGUGCACCUCAAAUUCAGCUCUCCCCUGCUCCACAUGACAGGAAGAUUCCUCUCUAUGAUUUUGCACAUAGCAGAGCUGGUGAUAAAGGGGAUGAUAUAAACUUUUCCAUUAUCCCAUAUUUUCCUCCAGAUAUUGAAAGGCUAAAGAAGAUUGUAACUCAAGAAUGGGUAAAGAAAGUUGUCUCAAGUCUUCUUAAUCCCUCUCCAUUUCCCACUUCUGAUGAUAUUGAAAGAAGAGAGAAAUGGGUCAGUGAACAUGUUGAGGUGGAGAUUUAUGAAGUCAGAGGGAUCCAUUCUUUGAAUAUUGUAGUUCGUAAUAUCCUAGAUGGAGGUGUCAACUGCUCAAGAAGAAUCGAUAGGCAUGGAAAGACUUUAUCCGAUCUCAUAUUGUGCCAGAAAAUGUUAUUGCCUCUGUAAUUGAACAUAUGGCAAGACUCGAAAAGGCAUGCAGACUCCAUUUUCUUUAUCCUCACCCUAGCUAGAAGUUGGAGUAUAUUAGACUCUGAAGACUUGGUUAAUAAUUAAAUUUGUUCUAGUGCCAAUACAUGUUCAUAAACAAGUUGUCUGAACUCUUAUUUUGAGAUACGAUUCCUGUUACUGAGUUUUUUACUCUUUGUGAAAGCAAUGAAAUAGUAAUGCGCUCUUGUUGAAGUA